GGGGUCAGGAGCCAGGCAAGGAGAGCCCGAACAAGAGGAGCAUUUUCCUGGGCUCUUCCAGCUGUUCUGUUCAAUCCCGCCGUCGGUUCUGAGCAGGGAAGAGAGACUGUCAACACAAAUAAGGCAUUUUUCAAAGGCGUAAAUUAUGAGUUACCAAAACAAUACGACAUCUCAACCACAUGGAGACACCGAGAGCCCCACAGCUGGAGCAGAUGUGGCUGUUAUUGGAGGUGUGAUUGCUGCAGUGGUAUUUGUCCUCAUUUGCCUGCUGGUGGUGAUGGUCCGGUACAUGUACAGGCAUAAGGGCACCUACCACACCAAUGAGGCAAAAGGAACUGAGUUUGCUGAAAGCGCAGAUGCUGCUUUGAAAAAUGACCCCGCUCUCCAGGAAGCAGUGGAUGAGAGCAAAAAGGAAUAUUUCAUCUGAGAGGCAAGGAUUUCCAUGGAGACUUCCCCAAGGGAAUCAAUCAGAAAUGCUACAUCAACAGAAGUGCUAAGAGAUGGGUAAUAUGAGGAUACAGGCAAGCAUCCUAAUUGAAAAGUAUCACUUUACUUUUUUUGUCACUGGGUUGUUUCUUUUCCUCUACCGGUGAAGAACUAAAUGCCAGAUACUUGCCUGUUGAUUUUGUUAGCAACACAGCUGGUCACAGUUGAAACCAAUAUCAGAUAAGAAGAAACAAAAUCUCAGUAUGAGUGAUACACCAAAACCAGAUAAAGAUAGCAAAUGUCAAGCCUUGACAUUUGGUGAAAAUAGCAGAUGCCAAUGGAAAACAUCCUCUUAGAGUUAAUGAUGCAUCCUAUGCUGAUAUGAUACAGAACUACCUGAAAUUGAAUUUCAGACAGUCACAGAACAAACAUUAAACUACAUAAAGCUGAUGUAGCUGGAACAAAAAUAGCUUUGUAGCCCGGAUACCUGCCCCCUCCCCUAAAUGUGCAAUUUUGCUGGCACAGGGGAGUUUGUUUUGUUUGUUUGGGGAUUUGGAUUGGGAUUUUUUUUAUUUUUUUGAAUGUUAUAUAUAUAUAGAAGUCAAAGACAUUUCAAAGAAAUAACACUGUUGGAAAACAUGGAAAAUGUAAGAAUGAAGGAUUUAUUUCUAACUUGCUCUGCAUGGCAGCUUGAGAACUGCAAAAUGUUGGAAUUUACAAUGUAGUAUAUGAUAGUCAGUAGACUUACAAAUAUGAUUCCAAUUAGUUGGUAGGUUCCUUGCAUGCAUGCAUAAAUAGAUAGAUAUUAAAAGGUAAAUCAUCUUGGUUUGAGCAGGCUUUUUGGGAUAGGAAGGAGCUCAGCUAGAUUUUUUCAUGUAAGAUAUUUUUGCCUGAGUAUUUAUUUAUUUAUUUUGCAUUGGAAAAUUCUCUUGAAUGCCUGCCAGCAGGAUUUUGGAUUUUUGCAGGGAGAGGAAUUCAGGUCUGGUGCAGAUACUGAUAAACCAUAAGACUGCCAUUGUAAAGAAGCUUGCUCAUCUGCAGCCACGGGCAUGUAUUGAUGUCUUCCUCUGUAUGGCCUCUGUAUAGCCUUUGCAUUGUGCUAGGUAAGAGAAUUACACAACCAUCGAUGUUUUAUUAUAAAUAAAUAAAUAGAUUAGUCAUGGUGGGUCACAUGAAAAGAUCUUAUUCCUUGCCGAAGAAUUGACAGUGAUGAGUUUCUUUACCCAAGUAAGCUGGCUUCCUAAUUGAAACCCACAAUUAGCUCCGGAAAUAGGAUAAUUGUUCUCUGCACCUGCUCAUCCCCAGCUGCGAUGGUGCCCUGGACUACUGAAAAUAGAGGGGGAGAAAUACACGAUAACAAUUAAGACACUGAUGCGCUCUGCUCAACUCGAUAUGUUUUUUCCUGUGUUUUGAUCUAUAUAUGUGUGUACAUAUAUAUAAAGUCAUCUACAACCGUGCUUUCAAGACAUUUUUGCUGAUCACUUGUGCGCACUUCUUGGCACCAAAGCUUGGAAAGCUCCUGGACUCCAGUGUUCAUUAUCAACAUUGGCCACAAAAAUGCUGUAAGAGAAGACAGAUCUGAACAAGAAAAGACUCUGAGACCCAAGAAAAGACCCAAGUGGAGAAACGGGAUAUUUUUGUCUUUUCAAUCACAAUCUCAGUCUUUUCUCAGUAUCUGAAGGAGAUGGACUCUGAGUUAUUCUUAGAAGCCCGAUAGCUUUGAUUUUGAAUCUUAAAUCCCCACAUGUUUGCAUUUUAACCAAAGAAUAUCAAAAUCAUGCCAAAUUUACUAAAUGUUUAAGAUAUUUUUUGUAACGUACCAUUGCACAACCACAUUGUAUUCUGUGGCUAGUGCAGCAUAAAAUGCACAAAACCCAGCACUAGCAGAGCUCAAAUAUUUUUAUAUUAUGCACCUCACUGUUUCCUUCUAAGAUACAUUACUAUUUUAAUCUUUUUACUACUUUUGAAAAACAAAACUGGUUUUAUUUUUCUAGGACAAGUGUUGGAGAAAUUCACUAAUCUUAGCUGUAAGACUGAGUUUGUAAAACUGAAGACCCCUGACCCUCCAGUUCAAUGAAAAUGUAAAUAUUUCCUCUGAGGAAAGGGUAAAUGGGGUGACUUGAGCUCUGCUGCAUCUCUCACACAAGGCACGGAAACACCAAAAAACUUUCCUCCAGUGCUAGCAGGACCUAUAGAGGACUACCAGCCUUUUGUCCCCUUUCAUAUACUCAGAACCAUGUAAUCUAAGUUUGGCUGUUAAAGAAAAUUGACUUUAGAGGAAGGCGUGAGGGACAUGGGGAAUAAAUUCCUGCCUCCCUCCCCUGUCAUGAAAUUCUGUUUUUUGCAACUUGAGCCUGCUGAUUAUAAUUAGACAACUGUCAUAUCUGAUACACAGGAGAACCUGAAUUAGUGUCUCUUUUGGAGUGUGUGUGAGGUUUUUAAUUAUGAGGUGGACUGAGAGAGACUAGCUGUCCACGUUGGAACUAUAGGCCAGAUUUUCUGGUGGUACAACAUGAGUUCAGUGGAGCUCAGCCAAUUCUUACCAGUUAAGUCAACACCAGACUUUGUGUCAUUGCUUCCCCUAAAUCUGAACUGAAUGCAACUACUGGUCUUUGACUAUAUCCCGUCUUUGUAACUUAAUUAAAUCUCUGUAUCCCAUUUUCCUAUUCAUCUAGGCUGACAGUCCAGGCAUACAGCAACAGCUUCCCUAUUGGUAAUGGGCCGCUUUGAAUAUUUGCAGAGCAGUGACCCUGGCAAGAGCUAUGGUUUCAGUUAGUUCAUUUUUUUACAGUGUCCAUUUGGAUUUCAGGGCUUUGUGUAUUUAGAAAUUACUCAAGCACACUGAAGAGAAAGAAGAGAUGGUUUGUGGAGAUUUUCUGUUUGUUUUUUUCAGGACAAAUUUUGCUUUGUAAUGAAGAAAGCUCAUGACAUCUCAUGACUGGCAGACUCUAAUGGCCUGAUCCUGCUAUUUUUUACUCAUACAAUAACUCUACUGUCUCGAGUCAUUCAAUUUAGUUGUAAAAAGAGUGCAUUACAAACUUCCUAAAACUUUUAGGACUAAUUAGCCAAACAUCCUUUUGCAAGCAACAUGCUGUGCUAAAACAAACAUUAUGUACAAUGCUGAGACGUCUUGGUUGGCCACCAUAGCUUUUCAUCACUGACGAUUAAAUGAUUUUUAUAAUUUACUUCCUGAACAGGAGAAUUAAGGAAACAGUUUCUUUUUCCCCCACAUACUUUUAUCCCAGGUCCCUUCACUGCUGUGGCCUGUUGUUCUGCAGGUUUCUGGUGCCCCAUCUCCCCAACUGUGACUGCCAUUCUUGCUUGCAGUCCCCCAGGCUCCCUUCUGGAUCCCUACUGCCUUCCCUAUGGCAAAGGAUUGGCCAUUUACUUAUGUAUUUAUUUAUUUUUAUCAGUGAAGGUACUCUGUCCCUCUCUGCCAGCCAAGAACCAAUUUUCACAAAGGUUUUAGCUUUGGACUUCCAAUCCUGUGUCAAAUUUGAUCAAACCUGACCAACCUGACCUGAGACUGAUUUACAAAGUGAUCACAUAUGCCACGUUUUCACAGAAAACAAGUCUAAAAAUAGUACUGCAAGCUCUCUAGUUAGUUAAAUUUAGUGCUAUAAAUCUCUAGUGUUCACUAAACAAGGGAGCAGAAUGACGAUCCCUCAAGCAACUCAGUUUUGUCCUGAUGACUUAAUGCCCUGUGAAAGCUUGUUGAAUCCCACUUUGCACAGAAAGCCACUGGCCCAUGUUUAGAAGCAUAAGUCAUUUUCAAUGAUGUACGGGAAAGCUGUGCAUCAAAAUGACCAAUAUUUGCUGGAGUUGGAAGAGAGAGGAUAAAUAUGGUCUUGUAGGAACACAAGACAUUUUUUAAGGAUAUAUGGGAAUGGCAAGAGUUAAACAUAAUAUUUCUGAUUACAUUGGUGAGCUUUAAGAGUGCAUCCACAGAGCUUUCAAAUUCUCAAUGAAAAAAAUAAUUGUUUGCAAAAAGAAACGAAUCUCCUUUUAAACCAUCUCUUCUUGUCAAGCUUUGAACACAGGCUUCACAGAUUCAAUAUUCUACCAUUCUGCCUUAAUAUCUGGAACUCAUUUUCUUCUAAUUUUUGGAGGAUACCUGUACAGUCCUUCCCUGCACAAAAAUGACUGCUUGCCAGUGUCAGCCCCUGUAGUAGCAUUACAGCUCAAGCAAAGUAAUUCUAUCCAAAAGCAGUCAGUCCCAAAUGUGUAUCUGGCCACCCAUUACUGGAACUGGUGCGCAUUUUUUUCUGGGGCUUGGCCUCUAUCACUCCAGGUUUUCCUGAGGUCCAAUGUGCCAUUGCACAUUAAUGCAGUUCCAAGGAAUAUUUAAUCAGCCACUAGUCAAGAUAACUAUAUUUUUUUUUUCUUUUUAGGACAACAGGACCAAAUCUCUUUGGGAGGGCUAUUAAAAAUAGUACCAUAGGAUCCCUCAGAAUAUCAACAUCGAUUUUUCUCUUAAAUCAAAUCUAGGGAUCAUUGGGGGAACACCAGGACAGGAAAAUAAAAAAAACUGUUCCCUUUCAGCAAAGAAUGCAGACAACGUGCUGAAACAUUUAUAGCUGCAGGAUAAGUAGGAUGGCAACACUAGCUACAGCCUGCAAGGAUUCCUCACAGAAUACAGAAAAUGCUCAGACAAGAUGUAAAUCAGUAAAAAGAUACAGAGCGGGAGAAGAUAAUUAGAUGCCAAUAGAGAUGGAGGGCAGUUUUUCAUCAAAUAAAAUAGAUAUUGCCAUUUGGAGAAAUCAAAGUGUAUUUGCUGAAGGUAACUGCUGCCAACAAAUUUCUUUGAAUUAUAUGAGGUGUUUGAAUUCCUUGCAUGUGCCAGUCCAAUCAAAAAAUGCUGGUAAAUACACACCAAAAGAGUACUCACAUUAAAUGUAUUAAGAGCUGUUUAUUGCAUUUUCUGAAAUCUCUCAGUUCUUCACAUAAAAAAACUUUGUGUGUUUAGAAAAUGCAGAAGCUUCACAGCAGCAGUUCAUAUAUGACAGAAAACUAAAGAACCACUGAACAAGCAAUGAACACACAUCUGAUAUCUAGAAAUUCAGGUAGUUAAUAAAGGAAGCUAAUGAUAUCAAAGAAAAACAUAUAUGGUGAGUAAAAAUUUCAACCAUAUUACAAAGAAAUGAAAAAGUUGUAGUAGUAGAAGUCCUUCUCCAGUUCAAGAAGGUAAUAUUGUCAGUGACUGGAAAUAAGGAACCUUUAUUCUACACAACUGUUUCCUGUGUGGUGGGAUAAAAUCCCCCUGAAUUCAGUGGGACAAGAAUUUCACUGACUAUAUUUAUCCUUUCUGCAAAAAAUUGUAUUCUCACCCAUUUCAGAAAGAAACACACUAAAUUAAAGUAGAAAUCUUUAGAAGGGCUGAUCUUUCAGCCAUAACCUCGUGUCUUCACACCAUUUUUCUGUUGUUUCAAAUUGUAGGUAUGGUGGAAAGUAUCUGAUAUGUUGUAUUAAAGUCUAUUUGAAUUGCAUCGCUA